AUGGAUCCUUUACAAGCUGCUCAGGAUGCCAUGGCCGGCAAUGCCAACGACAACUCGGGCAUCCCCUCGCCUCAGUAUGCACUCCUCAACUACUUCUUCCCGGGCUACUCCUUCCUCAUCUCGACCCUCAACACCACCCUCGGCGCCGACUUUAACCGGUACUUGCCCUUCAUCAUUGCCGGCGUCGCCGUCGUCUUUUCCUGGCGCUACGUCUACGACACCGUCAUGAAUUUCGUCGAGGCGAGCUUCAUGUCCUCCUUCACCGUCCACACCGACGACGAGACGUACAACAUCCUCAUGUGGUGGAUGACCCGCCAGCCCUUUUGCCACAAGACGCGCAACUUUGUCGUCAACACGUCCGUCUACUCGCGCAGCGACUACCUCUACCGCUCGCACGACGACAGCGACGACGACGCCGGCGACGACAUCGAAGCCAGCCGCGACGCCUCGUCGGCGGUAGGUGACGACACUGCGCUGUCGUCCAACCGCGGCAAGCAUGUCCUCCACUACACGCCCUCAGCCGGUACGCACUGGUUCUGGUACAAGGGCGUCCCGCUGCGCUUCUCGCGCCGCCAGACAAAGGACAAGAUCAGCCUGCGCAGCCCCAGCGAGCAGGAGGAGCUGUGCGUGUCCUGCCUCGGCCGCAACCCGACCGUCCUGAAGCAGCUGCUCGCCGAGGCUCGCGUGCUCUACCUCCGCAAGGACGACCGCAAGACUAUCAUCUACCGCGCCACCAGCUCCGUCUCGUCCUACGGCACCGACAGCUACUGGCAGCGCUGCAUGUCCCGCCCCAACCGCGACUUCUCCACCGUCAUUCUCCCCGACAAGGUCAAAAAGGACCUCAUUGCCGAUGCCGGCGACUACCUCGAGCCCGCUACGCGCCGCUGGUACGCCAAUCGCGGCAUCCCGUACCGACGAGGCUACCUUCUCUACGGCCCACCCGGCACGGGCAAGAGCUCUCUCAGCGUGGCUCUCGCGGGCUACUUUCGCAUGAAGAUUUACAUUGUCAGCCUGAGCUCGCUGACGGCGACCGAGGAGAACUUGGCUUCGCUCUUUGCCGAGCUUCCCACCAACUGCAUUGUUCUUCUCGAAGACAUUGACACCGCUGGUCUGUCCAAGACUCGCGAGAAAAAGGAAGACGAUGACAAGCAGGGCAGCGACAGCACGCCGCCUGCCCAGGGCCAGCUCUCCCUCUCUGCGCUUCUCAACAUCCUCGACGGCGUUGCCGCGCAGGAGGGUCGCGUUCUCAUCAUGACCACCAACCACCUCGAGAGUCUCGACAAGGCCCUCAUCCGCCCCGGCCGCGUCGACAUGAUUAUCCCCUUCCAGCUCGCCGACGCCGACAUGAGUGAGUCCAUCUUCAAGGCCAUCUACACGCCCUUUGACGGCGAGCUCGCCGAAGCCGGCGGCGGCGCCCCGACCACGGACAAGGGCAAGAAAACGCUCAUCAACGAGGUUGCUGUCCUCGCCAAGGAGUUUGGCCGUCGCGUGCCGGCGGGCGAGUUUAGCCCUGCCGAGAUACAGGGCCUGCUCCUGCGGCAUAAGCGCUCCGCGCAGACGGCGGUCGAUGCUGUCGAGGAUUGGGUGGUGCAGAUGCGGGUCGACAAGAAGGACAAGGCCGAGAAGGAGCUAAAGGAAAAGGAAGAAAAGAAGCAAAAGGAAAAGGAGAAGAAGGAAAAAGAUGAGAAAGAAAAGAAGAAGAAGAAGUCGAAAAAGGCAAAGAAGGAUGAGGGGGGGAAGAAGAAGAAGGGAAAAAAGGACGAAAAGGAGGAAUCAGAAGAGGAGGAUGAGGAUGGCUCCGAUGAUGAGGGCGAAGAUGAGGAGGGAGAGGAUGAGAAGAACGAAGAGAAGGAUGAGGGCGAACAGAAAAAGGGAAAGAAGCAAAAAGAUGAAAAGACCAAGGCUGAGCCCAAAAGGGAGCAAGUGCAGCAAUUAAAGCACGACAGCAAAGGGUCUUCUGAUUCGGGGUAUGCCACCCCUUAG